ACCCCAAAUCUCACAAGCUUCCAUCGCUACAAAAUGGCUCAAAUGAGUUUCUCUCUCAUCCUUCUCUCUCUCACUACAAUUCUCUCCCUUCUAAUCCCUGCCCUCAAUGCUCAAUCUGCUCCGGCUCCCGCCCCCUCUGGCCCUAUCAACAUUACCGGAAUCCUGGAAAAAGCCGGCCAAUACACCACCUUCAUCCGCCUCCUCAAUCAAACACAAGCAGGAAACCAGAUCAAUAACCAACUGAACAAUUCCAAUGAGGGAAUGACUGUUUUUGCCCCCACAGACAAUGCAUUCCUUAAUCUCCCCGCAGGUACUCUUAACAAGCUUUCAGCCCAACAACAAGUGCAGCUUGUUCAAUACCAUGUUCUUCCUAAGUACCACACUAUAGAAAACUUGCAGACAGUCAGCAACCCUGUUAGAACUCAGGCAACAGGCCAAGAUGGUGGAGUUUUUGGGCUAAAUUUCACAGGACAGGGCAAUCAAGUUAAUGUUUCUACCGGAAUUGUUGAUGUCCCAAUUUAUAAUGCAGUCAGAAAAAACUUCCCUUUGGCUGUUUACCAAGUGGACAAGGUUUUGUUGCCUGUGGAAUUUUUCCAAGCCAAGGCUCCGGCUCCUUCUCCUCCGGCCCUCAAUGGCACGAAAAGUAAUUCCGAUGACGAUAACAAAGCACCUGAUGCCUCGUCUCCGGCAAAUGGAUCUGGGAAGAUGAGUUUGGGAUUUGGAUUGGUCUCUGGCCUUUGGUUAAUGCUGUGCUAUUUGGUAUAAAAAUGAUGGGAUAAGUUGCUCUGGACCGUUUAGACCUGCAUUAAAUUGAUUCAUGCAUGCAUGUUUUCUGUCUGGAUUUCUACUUUAAUUAUUUUCAUUUUUUUUCUUUUUUUGUAUUGAUAUAUUAAUUUCGUUAACUUGUUUUCUUCGAUGGAGUUCGACCGUUUCAUGUAA